AUGGUCCCAUGCUUCUGUAAGACCCCAGUCUCCAUUUUUCAUGGGCUGAUCCUCACCUACACAGGAGGACUUACAGGAUUUCCCAUUCCCAAACCUGAACUGAUCGCCCGGCUGGAACGAGGGGAAGAGCCAUGGGUGCCCGAUCUCCAGGCCUGUGAAGAAAGAGAGAUCCCGAGAGGCACCCACACAGGUGAUGAGAGAGUGAGUGAGAAUGAAGAGGAGAAUCAUGAUGCAGAAGUUCCUGAACUAAUUACUCAUCAGAGAAUCCACACAAGAGAGAGACCCCAUAAGUGUUUAGUCUGUGGAAAAAGUUUCAUACAGAGGUCAUCCCUUGUUAAACAUCAGAGAAUCCACACAGGAGAGAGACCCCAUAAGUGUUUAGUCUGUGGAAAAAGUUUCAUAUGGAGGUCAGACCUUCUUAAACAUCAGAGAAUCCACACAGGAGAGAGACCUCACAAAUGCUGUGUGGAGUGUGGGAAAAGUUUCAGAAUCACAUCAUACCUUGUUUUACAUCAGAGAAUCCACACAGGAGAAAGCCCCCAUAAGUGCUUAGUCUGUGGGAAAAGUUUCAUUCGUAGAUCAGACCUUGUUAACCAUCGGAGAAUCCACACAGGAGAGAGACCUCACAAAUGCGUUCACUGUGGGAAAAGUUUCAUACGGAGAUCAGACCGUGAUAAACAUCAGAAAAUCCACACAGGAGAGAGACCUCACAAGUGUGUGGAGUGUGGGAAAAGUUUCAUUAGCACCUCAUCCCUUGUUUUACAUCAUAAAAUCCACACAGGAGAGAGACCUCAUCAGUGCUUGGACUGUGGGAAAGCCCGGGACCCUGGUCACAACUUCAUAAAAGCCUUGCCUGUGGGUAAAGUUUCCUUCAGCUACCGCACCUCAUUAAACAUUAGAGAAUCCACAAAGGUGUGA